GAAUUAAAAAAAAUUGACAUCCAGAGAAUUAUGACCUAUUUUUAAGUCAUUUUUUAUUAAUUUUUGCAUGUUUUUAGGAAGUAGUUUAAAAGAGGUAGCUCUAGGAUUUAUAGGUUGUUUAUCAGGAUUCUUCUCAUAAAGUACCACAGUGAUGGAUCCCCAUGAAGUAGAAUUCCUAGGUGAAAAAAAGCAAGUAGAAAUAGUUCCCAACUUCAAUCUCGGUCAAGUCCACUUAAUUUCUGGUUCCAUUGGUCCAUUCCGGGCUGGUUUGCCUGUCAAGGUUCCCAUUUGGUUAGCCGUCACUCUCAAACAGCAGCAAAAGUGCCGAAUCCUGUCUCCAGAUUGGAUGCAGCUGGAAAAUCUCGAGGCAAUAAAAGAAAAUGAGAAACAAUCGAAAGAUUUCACGAGGAUGCCCAAUGAUCAUUACAUGGAUCAAGCUCACAUAUUGCUCAACGCUGCAUCCGACGAUUUGGUUGAGGUAGAUAGCAUUCGUACGUCUAUAAAAGAUAUCUGGGAUACGAGGAUGUCCAAGCUUCGCACUUCGAUUGAUGAGUUAUUUAGAGAUGAGAAUGGAGAGCAUGCUUUGUUGAAUAAUCUUACCUUGAUGGAGAUUGCUAGUGUUAGGUCACUUUUACCUAGUGCUAUGGAUCAAUUACAGCGGAUUAAGACUAGCGAAGAUCGUGUUAGAGGCUCUCAAACGCAGGACUCAUUGUAGGAUAAAAAUUUACGAAUUCAGAAAAUAAUGUUAAUUAAUUUAAAUCAUAAAACUGGUUUUUAU